GAGUAUUUUUAAUUCUCUUUAUAUUAAGCACAGGAAAAAGCAAUCGAAUUAAAAGCAUUUGCUAUUAUAUAAUUAUACAAUUUAAGUUUAUUACAGAAUUAUUAUACUUAUUUCCUUUUUCGCUAUUUUAUAGAAUUAUUAUACUUUCUUUCUACGUAGCGUACUUCGUAUGCAGACGAUUGAUGAUCGAAAAAGUUUAAAAUGGCUGCUGAAUCGGAUUCAUUUGAGCAUGAUAGAAAGCGUUUCUCAAAGUCAACUUCACUAAACGAAAAUGCGGAAAAUGAAGCUUUAGCUAUUGGCGCUGUCAAAAUUCUCGAGAAAUACUCGGGUAGUAGUACGGUUAUGUGUUGCUCUGUAUUUCCAUCAAAUAAUCAGGUAGCAAUUGGAUGGGCAGAUGGAACUGUUGAGAUAAGAGAUGGAGAAUCUUUCGAGGUGCAGAACACACUGGCUGGUCCUUCGAACUUGCCAGUGACAAGCCUGUCAGAAAAUGAGACAGAUGAUUCCGGGAUGCACCUCUUAGCCUCUUAUGCAUCCGGCGACACAAUCUUAUGGGAUGCCGUAGAAAGCAAUAAGACAUGGUACGAAAAAGAAGACAGACAGACACUGGUGAACAGUUUCAAUUUAGAUUGUUCUUCAUUUGCCUUAAGCGGGUCUGAUGCUAAAAUAAGCAUCUAUGAUCGUUACACGGGGACCUUGAGUAGUGUAUUGCAAGGCAGUAUUGAUCCAGAUGUGAUGGACGGGCAUACGAUGAGAGUAUUCGCUCUACGCUACCAUCCUACCAACAAGAAUGAGCUGCUAAGUGGAGGAUGGGAUGACACCGUUCAGUUCUGGGAUGUCCGAGAUCCAAUCGCUAUCAGGAAAAUAUACGGACCACACAUCUGUGGAAAUGGAAUUGAGUUUCUUGGUGACAAUAAGGUAGUCACGGCAUCAUGGAGGAAGCAAGAUCCUUUGCAGGUUUGGGACUAUGGAAGCGGGAAGUUAAUUCAGAACAUUAAUCCUGACGAACUGACUUCAUUCCUCUACUUCUGCAGAUACGUGGAAUCAGAAGCCUAUUUUCUGGUAGGCGGAAGCCACAAGAAUAUCUUACGUAUAAUAGAUGUUAAUACUCGUACGACUUUGGGUUCCGUUCGUAAUCUAAAAGGGGCGGUGUAUUUUGCAAGAGAAUUACCCAAAAGCAGUCCGCUUCUUUAUGUAGCCAAUAUUUGUUUUGGUUCUGACAAUGAUGUCUACGUCAUACAAGUAGAGACUUGACAAUACGUUGGAUUCUUUUAUUAAAACAUGUACUUUUUGAUUCACAUUCUUUUUAACUAUUUAUUAGUAUUUCAGUGUUACAAACAUCUAUUUAUGAAAUUUCAGUGUAACUUUUAGUUAUUUGCUGUAAUACGUGUAAGACUGUAUAUAAUAAAUGUCUGCUUUAUGCAACAAUUAUUACAUCAAAUUUAAAUUCUUUCAUUUAUGAGCUUCAUCACUUGAAAUGCUUAAAAUUAUGCUUGUUCUGUUAGCUGAAUUCAGUUGCACACUUUAAUAUAUAUUAUUCAGUGUUAGUACAUUUACACAAUUUUCCAGUAUUGGAAACGCAGACAUACGAUAGUGAUGAAUGAAAAAGAAAUUUUUUUCACAUUUUUCACUAAAAUAUCUAUUAAAUACGACUAAAGUAUUACAGUAUGUAUAGCGCAUUAUAAAAAAUAUGGUUAGUUUCAGUAUUAGAGGAAUAUACAUAAAAGUUAAUAAUGUAAAGUGCCUCCACAAUAAAAUGACCAUCACUUCUGGCCUUAGCGCGGCCAAUGCUGAAAAACCAAGUGCCAGGGAAAAAAAUAUGUGAUGAAAAAAAAUAAUUAACAAAAAUCUAAUAUGUUACUUCUUGACUCAUUAAUAUAAUGACCGUUUUACACAUUGCAAGUGAAAAUAUAAGUCUGAUCAGCAUCAUAAUAAUGGAAAAAUAUGUAUGAAGUGAGUAUGUGUGAGUAAAAAUAUGUAAGACAAUUAUAUAUUCUUAUUUAUUAAGGCAUU